AGCGUGUAUCCGACGCAUGCGCAAUGCCGCCUUACGUGGCAUCGGCAGCAGUCACGAUUACAUCGACGUACAUUAUCUGGAACGUUUUCGCGUAAACAUUUUUGGCAGGAUAUUCAGUUUUGUUAUGAUUCAGACACAUUUCACGACAUAACAUGCAGCAUAUUCAGGAAAUAGGGAGGCAGCAUCCAUAUGCUGCACCAGUGCCUCAACCAAUGAACACCCAACAAAGCUUCUCAAGGCCGCCGGUCAUGGGACAACAGAACUUGCCGGGCACACAGAUGCAUUCUCCCUUAUUGCCCAAUCAAACCAUGGAUCAUUCUCAAAUAACGAGUCCUCUAGUGUCUCAGGGUGUACCUGCUUCCCAAAUGUCUCCACGUUUACCCAUAGACCCUCACGGACAAUCUCAUGGGCAACCUACUGCAGGUUAUCAAACUCAAGUGAUUAAUCCUCCAAGUACUAGCCUACCUCAGUCUGGAGUGGGACACUACAAUUCUGCACCACCAUUGCCAUCACAGACCAUAGCUAGCCCAGGUUUACCACAAUAUGAACCAAGACAAUAUCCUCCUCCUCCUCUCACGACAACGGGACAACCUAUAGCGAGUCUUCCAGGACCUAGCCUUGCUCAAGUUCGACAGAAGUAUCUACAAACGGCACCACCGAUGCCAGGCCAGACUAUGCCGAAUGCUGCUGGACCGAAUCUACCGCAAGCUGGGCAAAGACAAUACGGUUCUGCGCCUCCAUUACCAGGGCAACCUUUGUCUAGUCCUUCGGGACUGAACCGUGGACCAGCCGGACUUCCUCCAAAUUAUCAACAACCAACGUAUCAACAACAGCCAGGAUAUCCUAAUCAGAUGGAUAUGUAUAACAAUCAGAGAAGUCCGUAUCAGGGUGGCGCUACAGCCAGUCCUACAGGAUAUCAAUCGGGACUACAGCCGCAGCAAGCUAGACGGCUCGAUCCAGAACAAAUGCCCAGCCCGAUUCAAGUGAUGCAGGACGAUCAAAGCACGAGAGGUGGAGUAUUCACUACGAAUCAGAGAGGCCUAGUACCACCCCUGGUGACGACAAAUUUUGUAACUCAAGAUCAAGGAAACGCCUCUCCUAGAUACAUCAGAUCUACCAUGUAUACUGUCCCUAUUACCGCUGAUAUCAUAAAGCAGACCAAUGUUCCGUUCGGACUUGUGAUUAGUCCAAUGGCUCGUACUGUACCGGGAGAAUGCGAACCGCCGAUUGUAGAUAUGGGUGAGAUCGGGCCGGUACGUUGCAUACGUUGUAAAGCGUACAUGUGUCCAUUCAUGCAAUUUGUCGAUGCUGGCCGAAGAUUCCAAUGUAUGUUUUGUAAAGCAACGACGGAAGUUCCAAACGAGUACUUUCAACAUUUGGAUCAUACGGGACAACGCUUAGAUCGUUACGAAAGACCGGAACUGAUGUUGGGUACAUUUGAAUAUAUAGCCACGAAGGAUUAUUGCAGGGACAAUAUUUUUCCAAAAGCACCGGCCAUUGUAUUCGUAAUUGACGUAUCAUAUAAUACAGUGAAAUCUGGAUUAGUGAAUUUGCUGUGUACAAAAAUGAAAUCUGUAAUCAAGAACCUACCUGUUGAUGCUGGACAAACGAAAAGUAACAUGAAAGUUGGCUUUAUAACGUACAACAAUACUGUACAUUUCUAUAAUGUCAAUCCGCGUCUCGCUCAACCGCAAAUGUUGCUCGUCGGAGAUGUUCACGACAUGUUUAUGCCGCUUUUGGAUGGAUUUCUGUGCGACAUCGAGGAGAGUGACGCGGUCAUCGACAGUCUCAUGUUACAAAUCCCUAAGAUGUUUGCGGAUACUCGAGAAACAGAAACGAUUCUUGCUCCUGCCAUUCAAGCUGGCUUGGAAGCAUUAAAGGCAUACGAAUGCUCUGGCAAAUUGUUAGUAUUCCAUUCGUCUUUACCAAUUGCCGAUGCACCUGGAAAAUUGAAAAAUCGCGAUGACCGUAAGGUACUUGGGACAGAUAAAGAGAAAACAGUGCUAGUGCCACAAAACAAUUUUUAUAACACUUUGGGUCAGGAAUGCGUUGCUGCGGGUUGCAGCGUGGAUCUGUUCAUUUUUAAUAAUUCUUAUGUAGAUGUAGCAACGGUCGGUCAGAUUUCUCGUCUCACUGGAGGAGAGAUUUACAAGUAUACUUACUUCCAGGCUGAUAUCGAUGGCGAAAGAUUAAUUUCAGAUGUCAUCGAUAACAUUAGCAGACCAAUCGCUUUCGAUGCCGUUAUGCGAGUGCGUACGUCUACGGGCGUCCGAGCGACAGAUUUCCACGGUCACUACUUUAUGUCCAAUACAACUGAUAUGGAAUUGGCCAGUGUAGAUUGCGAUAAGGCUGUCGGAGUAGAGGUUAAGCACGACGACAAACUGACGGAGGACGAAGGCGUCUACAUCCAAGUAGCUUUGCUGUAUACUUCCUGCAGCGGCAUAAGAAGAUUACGAAUCAUAAACUUGAGCCUGAAAACCUCGUCGCAAAUGGCCGAACUGUAUCGCGCAUGUGACUUGGACGCUAUCAUAAAUUUCUUCUCGAAGCAAAGUGUCUUUAAGCUGCUGGAAUCUAAUCCGAAAGCGGUAAAGGAUAAUCUUAUCGCAAGAUGCGCCAACAUGUUGGCCAUAUAUCGGAAACAUUGUGCAACACCAUCCAGCGCUGGGCAAUUAAUAUUACCAGAAUGCAUGAAGUUACUUCCGCUUUAUAUCAAUUGUUUACUAAAAAGCGAUGCCUUGGCAGGAGGAGCCGAUAUGACGAUCGAUGAUAGAUCUUACGUUAUGCAAGCGGUCGCAACGAUGCCUAUUUCCAUAUCCGUUGCGUAUACGUAUCCCAGAUUAUUUCCUUUACAUGACAUUGAUCCUCAGGAUACGGAAUUGCCUAUGAUGUUGCGCUGUUCCAUCGACAAAUUCACAGAUGAUGGCGCGUACCUACUUGAAAAUAGCGUUCAUAUGUUCAUUUGGCUGGGUAUGGCACUUUCUCCUCAAUGGGUGCAGGGUGUAUUCGGUGUACCUUCAGUAGUCCAAGUCGAUACAGAUCGCACUGCACUGCCAGUAUUAGACGCUCCUCUGAACAACAGAAUCAGAAAUAUCAUCGAUCGGAUACGCGCUGAGAGACAUCACUGCAUGAGAUUGACGAUAAUGAGGCAACGCGAGAAGCUGGAGAUGGUACUGCGUCAUUUCUUGGUUGAGGAUAGAGGAAACGAUGGGAGCCCCAGUUACGUCGAUUUCUUAUGCCACAUGCACAAAGAAAUACGAACACUACUUAGUCAAUAA